GCUGAUCCGAGUUAACUGCAUCCGUAAUCCUCCUCCUUCCGUUGUUUAUUGCGAUUGUGCGUUCUUGUUUCACAUUGCUUAACAUUUAUCGCGUCUUGUGCUAGAUUACUCCAUCCAUCCACUUACUCAUCGCGAGUUUCUUCCCUUUUUUCGCACUCAAUCGACUUUCGAGAGGAAAUCGAUGGUUGGAACGUGACGCGAACAAUUACCGUAAAUAAUGCAAUUAUUUGCGAAUUUUCGACCAAAUCCAACUUUUGCGAUGAUCUCUCCAAGAGAUUUCAAUCAAGGACGGAUGUAGCCAAGCGUCAACUAUACAAUAAUUAAAAUAUUUAUGAUGUUUUUGCGUUUCAGGUUUUUAAAAAUGUGAAUUUCGCCCGUUAUUAAUGCAUUGUGGCUACUUGUUGCGGAUCUCAAUUCGACCAAGAGAUGGAGCCUCUUCACGUCACACAACUCGCCGUUUUCACUCUCUCCCUCUUUGAAAAAGCCCACAAUGUCUCUAUUCCACGUCUCACCUUUCUGUGAUAAGCCAUUAUCAGCUAAACCUAGUGUUAUCUUGUCAUAAUGCUAAUUCGAAAGUGUAGAUAAGAAGAUAAAGGACGUGGAACAGUGUGCGCGCGUGUGUUUAACCUCGAAAUAUUCGUGUUUGUAGCCUGAAGAUGGGCGUGUUGUGGAGGAAACGUUCGUUCUUGUUGAAACUAAUCGUGAUUGUGGGGACGGCGUGGUUCACGAUAGCUUUUCUUUUGUAUAACGACGACAGGAGUUCGAAUAGAAUUGCGGUGCCGGUGGGGGAUGAACAAGAACCGGAACCAAGAGUUUUGCCCUUCAGGAGGGAACCGCCACCACCAGACAAGCCCAAGAAGGAUGAUGAGAGGCCGGUGUUGCCACCACCGGUGAAUAAUGCGGGGGAGAUGGGCAAGCCUGUGGUUCUGCCCUCGAACCUCUCAGCCGACGUGAAGAAGUUGGUCGACUCCGGGUGGCAGAAAAACGCCUUCAACCAAUACGUCAGCGAUAUGAUAAGCGUCCACCGGAGUUUGCCCGAUCCCAGAGACGAAUGGUGCAAGGCUCCGGGUCGUUUCCAGGAAGACCUCCCCCAGACCUCGGUCAUUAUUUGUUUCCACAACGAGGCCUGGUCGGUGCUCCUCCGAACAGUCCAUUCGGUUUUGGAUCGUUCUCCUUCGCACCUCAUCAAGGAGGUUAUCCUCGUGGACGACUUCUCCGACAUGGAGCAUCUCAAACAGCAACUAGUCGACUAUUUCGCAUCCGAACCCAAAGUGAAAAUAAUUCGUGCGAAAAAACGCGAAGGUUUAAUCAGAGCGAGACUUUUGGGGGCGGCGAACGCCGAAGGUGAAGUUUUGACGUAUUUGGAUUCGCAUUGUGAGUGCACAACGGGAUGGUUGGAACCUCUUCUAGAUAGGAUUGCGAAAGAUCCGACGACGGUGGUGUGUCCGGUUAUAGACGUAAUUGAUGAUACGACGUUGGAGUAUCAUUUUCAUGAUAGUGGAGGAGUCAAUGUGGGAGGGUUUGAUUGGAAUCUACAGUUCAAUUGGCACGCAGUGCCCGAACACGAGAAGAAGAGACAUAAGAAUCCAGCUGAACCGGUGUAUAGUCCCACGAUGGCCGGGGGGCUUUUUAGCAUAGAUAAGAAAUUCUUCGAACGGCUCGGAACCUACGACAACGGUUUUGAUAUUUGGGGCGGCGAGAAUUUGGAACUCUCUUUCAAAACGUGGAUGUGUGGAGGCACGCUGGAAAUCGUCCCUUGCUCCCACGUGGGGCACAUUUUCCGAAAACGUUCCCCGUACAAAUGGCGCAGUGGUGUGAAUGUUUUGCGCCGAAAUUCGGUCCGAUUGGCCGAAGUUUGGCUCGAUGAAUAUGCCAAGUAUUACUACCAGAGGAUAGGGAACGAGAAGGGCGAUUUUGGGGACAUUAGUUCGAGGAAAGCGCUCCGUGAAAAGCUCGGUUGUAAAAGCUUCAAGUGGUAUUUGGACAACAUCUACCCGGAGUUGUUCAUUCCGGGAGAGGCCGUCGCCAGUGGAGAGAUUCGCAACCUGGGCAUCGGCGGCAAGACCUGUGUGGAUUCCCCGGCCCGCCGUAGCGACCUGCACAAGCCCGUGGGGCUGUACCCUUGCCACCGCCAAGGCGGAAAUCAGUUUUGGAUGUACAGCAAGAGUGGUGAGAUUCGUCGCGACGAGGCCUGCCUCGAUUACAGCGGUCAAGAGGUGAUUUUAUACCCGUGUCACGGCAGCAAGGGCAACCAAUUUUGGGAUUACAACGCCAACAGCAAACUUUUAAGGCAUGGAAGUAGCGAUAAAUGUUUGGCCAUAAACGAAGCGAAAAAUAAACUACUAAUGGAACCCUGCGACGAGGAGGCCACGAGGCAACAGUGGUCGUUGGAGAACUACGACGGCAACAAACUGUGAUUGUUUUAGUGUGGCAAAAAGACGAGCUUUUCUAUUGUUUUAAGUGUACAAAAGUUUUGUAUAAAAAUGAUCGGUUUUACAGUUUUAUAACGAAUUUGUAGAUUCUAGCAACGACUGUGUCUAGAAAUAACUCAAUUCCACUUAUACAUAUCCGAUUAUUUUAGUGCUCAAUUGUUACAUUCCGUUAAAGACGUGCUUAAGUAAAUUAAGACUGUAAAUAACUAUUUACAUAUCCACAAAUAUCAUUUAAGCGGCCUCUGUAUAUAACUGAAACGUACUUAAUUUCAUAUCACACGAUCCGAAAUUAUUUUGAAAAACUAUCAUGUGAUAUUUAGUCUUUUAAUUAUGUAAAUAAUCACAUUAUUUGCUCAAUUUUGUUCCCUUUUUACGUCAAUUACUCUUCAAAGGGCCAUAAACAACGUUAUGUAAAUAACUCGCAGUAUUUUAUCUUGAUUUUAUUACAUAAUCAUAAUGUACUUAAAUAUAUUAUUGUACUAGAAUGUAAAUGUAGGCCAGUGUAUGUAUUUUUAUAACGUGCCUUAUUUGUGUAUAUAAAACGUUAAUAAAAUUAUGUUGAUAUCAA